AUGGCUGUCAGAAAGCGAUUCAUCAACCCUUCUGCGCGCAGGGAAUCCCCCAAUCAAUCAGCGGCUACUCACCGUGGCAUUGAGGCUUCUCCCAACUCAAACCUUUUCUUGGACAAAACACAGGAGACGGUCCGACCUCGACAGAUGAGGAAAUUCUCGAUGAGAAGGCGUAGUCUGGUCGUGAACUUCUUCGAGAACUUCAGCUCUGGAUCUCCCAGUUCUCUAUCACGAUUAAUCUACAGCGGUUUCGCGCUGCAUUCUCUGACUGGUCUGGCAUCUGUGAUUGCUUCGUUGAUCUCCGCUCUUGUUAAGUUCCCUGACGCGAAGCACGUGGAUAUCUGGGGUCAACUCAGGCUUAUGGGGUAG